CCUCGUCAGCAGCUACCACAUCAGGACUGGCCAUCGCAGCAUCUGCCACAUCAGCAUCCGGUCGAGGUUUGUCGCUUCCACGUCGGCAGCGCUAUGGCCAGCAACAACGCUGAUGGGGCUGGGAGAGCGGAUGUGGGGCGGGACCCCUUCCGGGAGGAAAUCAACCACCGGCGGGAUCACGUGGUGUGGACGUGGGUGACUGCUGGUCAGUUGCUUCCAGGGAACUCUCGUGGAUCAAGGAGGCUGCGUUGCAAGCUGUGCAACAAGGAAUUCACAGGGACACAGAAACGGGCGAUGGAGCACUUUUGUUUGAAGAGGGCCUCCGCCCGGUGUCCAAAUGCAACGAUGGCGAUUUGGAGGAGGUUGCACAAGGUUGGUUUUGAGAUGCCGCCAGAUCUUAUGGAGAGGGUGCAGCGCGCAAUAGAGGAGACUGCUAGCGAUGACGAUGAUGGUCCUGUGUUGGAGGACGACGCGGUGGGGCAAGGGGGAGGGGUUGCGAUGGAUGGGGAGGCAGGGGAGGCGGCUCAUGGGGAGGCUGGCAGCGGGGUGGAUGAGGUGACAAGAGGGGUUGUGGCCGAUGGAGAAAAUCCGGUCCGGAGACCUGCAUUGUCGCAGAUUGCCCGCAGACGGUGGGCGGCUAGACAGACGAGCAUCGUCAGGUACGCGAAGAACCCCAGACAGGCGGACAUCGAUGAUACCUGCUGCGAGUUCUUCGUCGAGAACGCCAUCCCGUUCAACGCCGCGAAAAGCAAGAGCUUCAAGAAGUUCCAGCUGGCGUGUUAUGGGCCGCAACCUGCGGCGAGCUGCCCUCUUGUGCCCACUAGGUACAACCCACUACGAUGCAGGCUGCUUGAUCGGUUGCCCGGGAGGUUGGAGGCUGAGGAGAAGGCGGUCUGGGACAACUGGGAGGUGACAAGCUGCACGUUCAUAACCGAUGGCACCACAGAUAUCUGUGGGCGAUCGCUUAUGAACUACAUCCUCGUCGGGCGGUCGAAACCCGUUUUCAUCAAAUGCGAGGAUGUGAGCGAGGGGGAGAAGGAUGCAGCUGUCGUCGUCGCUGGGUGGAAGAGGUUCUUCAGGGAGUGGGGAGUAGAGAAGGUGACUGCGAUCUGCACAGACUCCUUCGCAGGGAACAAGAGCGCUGCCCGGAUGUUGAGGGAGGAUCCUGAAUUCGCGCAAAUCUACUGGAUCCCUUGCACGACACACUGCAUGGACCUGCUCAUGCACGACAUCUGCAAGGAGGAGUGGCCGGCGACCAUCAUCGAGAAGGCCAACUUGAACAAGGUGGUCACCUUCUUCAGAGUGCACAGGUGGCCACGAUCGCAGCUGCGGACGCAGUUGUUGCAGUACCCUGACCUUAAAUGCACCUGCCUACUUCGCCCAGCUCAGACGAGGUUUGGGACAAACUACGUGAUGCUGCAGCGACUGGAGGUCUGUGCCAGGGCCAUCAUACGCAUCGUGAAUGGACUCGCCUGGGAGAGGAUGGUGUGGAGGGGGGAUAUCAGGGGGAAGGUGUUAUUUGUGGAGGAGACUGUUCUUGACAGAGCCUUCUGGGCUGAUGUCAAGAAGUUGACCACCCUCAUGAAGGGCCCUUAUGAAGUCCUACGAGAGGUGGACAAGGAUGUCCACUGCUUGUCUCGGAUCUACGACCUGGCCCGUCAAUUGCCUGUCUUCGUCCGUUCGGCCCGCCUCGGUGACAAGGAGCAAGAUGAUGUCUUGGUGGACGUGAAGAAUAAGACAGAUAUGCUGCUCCGCCCGAUCCACGUCGUGGCCCGGUUGCUGGAUCCAGUGUUGAGGGACAUUGUUGUUUUCAGCAAUGUCGAGCUCAUGACGGAGUUUGAGGCUGUUGUGGAGCGCCUCAUCGGCAAGAGAGGGAGCAAGACGUUUGACGACUGCCUGGACCAACUGUAUGAGUUCCAGAUGGCCAGAGGAGUGUUCGGCACCACACGGGCGGUGCAGAGGGCGAAGAAGGACAAUGCGGUGCUGUGGUGGGAGGCGCACGGGGCUGGCCAUCCAGAGAUCAAGGCUCUGGCGGUGAAGGAACAAGUUGCACCACCAGCGCACCGAGAAGUUGGUGUACUCACACUAGGAGGAUGGUUGGGGCGAGCAACAGACUGGGCUGACGAUGAUUUGGAGGGUGAUCAGGCAGGUUUGAUUGACGUUGUCGACGACGGUGAGCUCGAUCAUGAGGCUGCUCCAUCCGGUGCAGGUAGCACCACCAUUCGCCAUGAUCCUGCUGCGGCCGGUACAUCAGCAGGCAUGCCGAGGCGAGGAGAGGUGGAGGAGGGUAUGGAGUGGGAUGACAUGGAGGAGGAGAAGGACGAUGACGAUGUGGACAGCGAGGACGAGAUUCCACAUGACGAGUGGGUGGACGAUCGGUCAGACUCUGACAGAUCGUGGACGAGGAGGGAGGAAAUCACACCAUAUGUUYCGGGCACACGACAUGGAUUGAGGUCCCAGAGUCAGCGGCAGCAGGUGCAGCAACAUGAGGAGCAGCCUGUGGAGCACCAUGAGCAGGCUGUUGUGGAGCAGCAGCAGCAGCAGGCUGACGAGGAGCAGCAGCAGCAGCAGGCUGACGAGGAGCAGCAGGCUGACGAGGAGCAGCAGCAGCAGCAGGCUGACGAGGAGCAGCAGCAGCAGCAGGCUGACGAGGAGCAGCAAAUAGAGGAGCAGCAGCAGCACGCUGACGAUCAGCAGGGGGAGGAGGCACUGGGGCACGGGGAGCAGGAGGGCGAGGUAGAGGGAGAUGAAGAAUGCGAUGCAUCAGCUACAGCAGCUUCAACAGUACUAGCCGCAGCAGCAGCAGCUUCGACAGCUGCAUGUGUUGCAGCACAUGCACCUGUUGCAGUUGCUGCUUCUGCGGCUUGUGCCACUGAAGCUGCUUUAGGUAGUGCAUCAUCUACAUAACAAGAUGCAACGACCAUAGGCAGGUAAGUAUCUUUGUCGCUCCCCCUUCCCCUUCGCCCUUCUUCCUCCUCCUGUCCUACCUACUCCACCAUAGCCGAGGUGUA